AUGGUAUUGGGGAGGCUAAGGAUUGCAGCUAAAGAGAUCGACCAUAUUCUUGUGCAUACUCACUGGAUCCUUCAGAACUGUAGAGUUUUAAGGAGUGCUGAGUUCUUUGCUACCGACCACAGACUUGUUGUUGCAACACUAAGGCUCCGCCUCAGAUCUAGACGCAUCCCAAGAUCUCACCAACAGGUGUUUCCUCUCGAGAGGGUCAAGAGUGAGGAGGUGACCCAGGAGUAUGCAGUGGCAGUCUCAAAUCGGUGUCCUUAUGGAAUACGUGCAGCUUAUGUUGAUCUCAAGAAGGCUUUCGACUCAGUGCACCGGGAGAGUCUCUGGAGCCUACUGGGUCUCCGUGGGAUCCCCCCUGGGAUUAUUGGUUUGUUGUCUGGCUUGUAUACAGAUACCGAGAGUGCUGUCAAGUACCUUGACUUUGCCGAUGAUGUAGUGAUCCUAGCGGAGACAUUAGAGGUCCUGCAAAUAGUUCUCGAGGCACUGCAUGAGGAGGCGAAGCCGUUGGGACUCUCGGUCAACUGGACCAAGACCAAGGUACAGGAAUUUCGGUACUUGUUGGAUGUCGAUAUUCAGUCUGUGCAUGCGUGUGGUGCGAACAUGGAGAUUUUGGAUAGCUUCACUUAUCUUGGUAGUGUAGUGUAG